CCCAAACCGCUGUUGGGUUGGUCUCUGCGCUGGCUGCCCUCGCCAUGGAGGACGAUGGCCAUCCCGACCCCUACCUUGAUCUCCCCCUUGAAAUCGCCGAGGAGCGGCGGCGCGCUGCUAGACUCGCUGAUGAGUGCCGCCGCCAGCACCGCGAAACCGCCACUUGUCUGCUCUCGCUGCCGGCUCCCGUUGCCAUGGACGGCGAUGCUCAUCUCGUCUCGCUCCUGGAUCUUCACCCUGAACUCGCCGAGGAGCGGCGGCGCCCCGAACCGUCCUCUUUCCAUAAAACUGAGAUUGAGGAGCAUGCUAGCGAGGUUAGCAACAGUGAAGGCUCUGUAACUAUGGGUCUGUCAGAAUUCACUGCCCUAGCGCUGAAUGACAUCUCUCCUAUACUUCAGUCGACCUAUUGGUCCAAUGUGUGUUAUGAUACUGGCAGCAGCGAGAGUGAGUCGGACACUGGUGGAGAAGCCUGAAGACGAAUCAGAUUUUGAUUUGGACAAGGAACUGCAAGAAAUGGAGGAUUACUUGAAAGAGAAUACGUGCGACACUGUAAGCGAAGUGAUGGAUAAAAUUUUCGGUGUAGGGUGUUCCAGUCUAGCUGCUAAGUACGACAAUAUGUCAGCUGCCGAGCGUGCCGAUAUGACCGCUUGACCUUCCUAUUUUUGUAAGAGGCCUCCCGUAGGGUGGCCAUCUUCUCCAGCUGAUUCAGAAACCCAGUCCCUUCAGGCAACAGAACAAGCUUCGAGGAAUGAAC